GACAUUCAGGCGCUCCUUGGGCCGAUUGACCUUGAGAAAUUUUCUUGUCAGUCACUUAUUCCCUAAUUCUUGUGUUCUCAACAAAGAGAUCAUAUACAUCCCCCGCAAAAACGGCACAAGAGCUUCUCAAUCAAGCAAUCACUCACAAAUCGUCUGUGAAAAUGAGCGGUCACAUUAUGCGCGGUCGCUUCCACCCUCACUGCCCUGAGUUUAGCAUUGACUACUCCACCGCAUGGGCUUCCGAGGUUCGCAUUCCGGUUCUCAUCCUCAUUACCCUCUUCUUGAUGUCGAUGAACCCUACCAUCGCCGAUAUCAUCAAGGGAACUGUCUGGAGGGUUGUCAAGCCCAUUGCCCUCCUCAUUGGCUAUGCCUCUGUCGCUGUCAUCCGCAUUCUUAUCUUCAUCUUUAUCGAUGGGCCUAAGAUGAUCACCAUCCUUCUCACCCCCGACAGACGCAACAGCGUCGACUUCCUUGGCAUCGAUGUUGAGAACAAUACCAAGCUCAACGCCAUCUGGAGCCGCCUCCACGCUGAAGAGGAGUGGGUUCCUGGCGGCGUCUUUGACAAGAAGUACAAGCCGUUCCUGCCAGCUCGCAACAUGAAAAUGGCUGGUCCUCGUCAAAAGAAGGUCAUGACCCGCGACCGUGGCCUCUCUUGCUAAAUCGACUUUACUCGGGGGCGCAUUGCCAAGUCCAUGAACAAAGACAUUGUGGGGGAACUGGAUCUUCUUGAGGAACCGGAUCUACCACUUGGAGACUUUG